GAAGACUCCUAACAGUCUCUCUCUGUCUCUCUGUCUCUCUCUCUCCCCUCUGUGUGUGCCUUUUGCCUACUGCGACUUGCUCUUCAUUUCAAUGGCGUGAGCCUCAACAGUCACAAACCAGUCUCCAUAAACCGUCAAUAUCAAAACCCCAUUUAUCUCUUUUUCUCUUUCUGCUCUCCAUCUUCCUCGUUAACCCCAAAACCAAAUCAAACCAUGUAGCAUAGUCGAAUGCAACCCCGGAUUUCUUCUUCUAUACAAUCUCGUACCAUCUUUGCCACGCUGAAUCUCUCGAUGAUAAAAUGCAUCUCCGGAUUGAUAUCUGAUUUGGGUUUCGGAUCUUUUGUAUUUUUCUGAUAAAUCUCUCCAACUCUCUGUUGUAUAGAUAUAACUGUGUUGUGUGGGUCUGUAUUUUCUUUGUUGGAAUUGGAAACAUGAAUGGCGAUCCAGAGUUGGAAAUGUUGUUGAGUGAGAUCCCUCGUGUGGCGUCUUUUGAUCACAAUCAUCAUCACCUUUUCCUGAAUUCUCCACUUUUCAGUUCAAGCUCUUCCUCUGGCGCGUUGUGCUCUUCAGACGACGGGUUGCCUUUUGUGAAGAACUCGAAUGGGUAUGUGUGUGAUGAACUUGGUUUGUGCGAAAAUCUUCGUGGACUGAGUAUCGGAAAUGCAAAUAACGAUUAUUCGGACGCUAGGCGGGUUCUUAGUAGUGAUUUUCACGGCUACGAGGGGUUUCAGCGAUCAAUCCCUGGAAAUUCUAUGAGUCCUUAUAAUGCAGGUAAGUUAAUGGGGGGAAAUCUUACUAUUAAUAACUCCAACGCUUUGUAUUCUGAACCCAUUUGGUACAAAGACAGGAUAGAUUGUGUUAUGGACCAAAGAAACCAUAGAGAGCUUCAAGUAUAUAAUCCAUCCACCAAUAGGCCUUAUCUGAAUGAUGAAAUGUGUUACUCGCAUCGAUUAGGGAUGGAAAUUAACGGGGAUAUGAGUCUACUGAAUCCUGUGAAUUCAUCCCAAUUUGUGUAUCCCAAUAUAGUUUUCAAUGAGGGGAAUCCUUUGUGUAACAGUUCAAUGUUAAAAGAAAGGUUUAGAGCAGUCUCAAAUGGCGGAGUAGUUACCCCAUCUAUUUUGUCGACGACGAAUAAAGGGGAUGUUGAAGCUUUCAGCUGCGAGGAUAGUUUCAUUAUAGAGGGGAAGGGUUUGAGAUAUGUUGUUGACAAGGGAGUUGACCAUUCCAGAGGUCAAAAGAAGAAGUUACACGAUGAUAUUGUAAUGCAAAACCAGCAAGAGAAACAAAGAGGCCUACAUGGUCAAUCACAAUUGCAAGGGAUUCAUGUGAAGAAUCCAAGUCCGAGGAAUUAUGGUCCAUUUCUUUUGCAGCCAGCAUUUAGUUUACUGGCUCAUGAACCGGGCUAUGUAUGCUGUAUGGCAAAGGAUCAGCAUGGUUGCCGGCUUUUACAAAAGAUGUUUGACAAGGGAAAUCAACAAGAUGUUCAGAUGAUAUUUAAUGGAAUUAUCAGUCACGUUAUUGAACUUAUGAUGAAUCCAUUUGGAAAUUAUCUUAUGCAGAAAUUAUUGGAUGUAUGUAAUGAAGAACAGAGAACGCAGAUUAUACUCAUGGUCACCGAAGAACCAGAAAACCUUGUUAGAAUUUCUCUAAAUACACAUGGCACUCGCGUGGUGCAGAAGUUGAUUGAGACUCUCAAAACCAGGCAGCAGAUUUUAUUGGUCGUAUCAGCUGUCCAACCAGGUUUUCUUGAUCUUAUUAGGGACCUGAACGGAAAUCAUGUCAUACAGCGUUGCUUGGAAUACCUCAGCAAGGAAGAUAAUGAGUUUAUAUUUGAUGCUGCGGCAAAGUUCUGUGUUGAUAUUGCAACUCAUCAACAUGGAUGUUGUGUUCUAAAUCGAUGCAUUACUCAGUCCGCUGGGAAGCAUAGAGAAAAGUUGGUGGCAGAAAUUACUGCCCAUGGGCUUUUCCUUGCUCAAGAUGCUUUUGGUAAUUAUGUGGUGCAAUAUGUUAUAGAGCUUAAGAUCCCCUCAGCUGUUGCCAGCUUGAUAUCUCAGUUUGAAGGCCACUAUGUGCAGCUCUCAAUGCAAAAAUUCAGCAGCCAUGUGGUGGAAAAAUGCCUUGAAUGUCUUGAAGACAGCCAUUCAAGAAUCAUCCAUGAAUUGCUUUCAGUACCUCGCUUUGAGCAGUUGCUGCAAGACCCUUUUGCAAACUAUGUCGUCCGAUCUGCCCUUAAAUUUUGCAAGGGGAUUCUGUAUGAUUCACUAGUGAAAGUAAUUCGGCCUCACAGCAUCCUGCGGACUAGUCCAUAUUGCAAGAAGAUUUUCUCACGCAACCUCUUGAAGAAGUGAUUUCUGAUUUGCUGUCGUGAGAAGUGUUGUUGUCAUCCCAAGGCUACUGCCAUCUUCACGAAUAACAACCAGUCUUAUGUAUCUUGGAGCUUCCAUUUGUAGAUUAUGGUAGUCAGGAUUUGGUGCUGAUCUACUACCAAGAAGUUCAGAACCUGCUUGCAUGAUGUAAAGAAGAAAGUUUUGGACCUGCUUGAAUUGUGGAUAUGAGUUGUAAUAUUCUGCUUUUGUUGUUCUAAUACUUCAAAAUGUUGGGAGAUUGUAGAGGAUCCAAAUGUUGCUGCUUUUGCUUCACUUGGAUUAAAUCUGGAUGCUUUGUUUAUUAGACAACUUUGCUGUUUCUUCCUUCUCAAGUUGAGAUGCUACUGAUGUGGCCAACUCUUUUGCCAUGUAUGCUUACUGAAACUGUACAUCUAUGAAGCAGUAUAGAUGAGAUGAGAAAAUAUUCAAUACAGCUAUAAUAUCAUGUCAUUUUAGUGGUGAUGUAGUAGUAAUCAUAAUUAAGCUAGUCAUGUAUAUAAAUUU